UUCCUUAAAGCAGUGUGUCCAGUGGUCAAAGAAAUACGGCCCCAUUGUCGGGUAAAGUAUGAUUCACAUAUUGUUAAUGGUGGCAAAUUAUGAUUUUUAAAGAACAUUUUACUUUGACACUUGAAUACGGGCUUACCUAGUCAAGUAAUACCGUUUUUUUUUUAAAUUCAAUAGCAGUUAAGCCAACGCAAUAAAUAUAGGCAACACAUUUUGUACCACCUCUUCAUACACUUGAGCAUGCAACAUGCUGAAGCUAUACGUGAAGUUCUUGGUGGGCUGGAUUUAGGAGUUUUAUUAUCGCCUCUUUUGAGCGGCCUUGUAAUAAUUUUCGAAUGAUCGAGCGCCGCACACUGCUGUGUGUCGCUACCGUCUCGCAGUGCAUUAUUACUUAACGACGCCUUUCAACCAUACGCCACAAUACUAGGAAAGUAGCGCCAUUCUAACAUUAUAUUAGCACAUUGACAUUAUCUCUUUUCCACACACGCGUGCACCUGCUGUGUAGAAAUAUUUGAGCCAACGGAAAUAAUAUACUACCAACGUCGUUUUCUCUCAUCAUGCGUUCUUCCGCGGUUCGCAUAUGGUGUGAAGCCUGAAACAAGGUUCUGUGGACGUCGUGAUCCUCAACGACAACGAACAAAUCAAGGAAAUUUUGUCCAGACCGGAGCUUCAGGACCGCCCCACCACAUGGGGUCUCAGCUCUGCCCAAAAAGGUUUUUCGACCUUCAGUGGACAGCAAUGGAAAGAAAACAGGGACUUUUCCAUGCGAGCAUUGGCAAAGCUUGGACUCGGGAGCGAGAUCAUGCGCCAGCAUAUACAGUUCGAAGCCAGGCACCUAGCGGACACUUUGGCUUCGCAUCAUGGCCGUCCCGUGUCGAGCUUUGUGUACGGGCACAGGAGCCACAUUAACUCCAUCUGCCGCUUUCUCCUGGGAUACCGCUACGAUUUGGACGACCCGCACUUCGCGUCGCUGCAGGAGGCUCUCUCAGGUUUCCGGCUUCAGACAGCAGCUGCGCCCAUCGAACACCGCGCCGCUUGGCUACGACGUGUGCUGAUCGAGCCUCUCUGGCCUACCUCCGUCAGCGCAAAGCGCCGCCGUAUUAUAUCGACACUCAACUCCGUGGUCAGGGAAUUAGUGCAGGCGAAUGAGGACACAAGUAAUAGCGGGCGUUCGAAGAGCUACAUCGACCUAUACGUGGAGAAGAUCCGCGAAGCAGAGACACACAAGAACCAGUACUUCACAGCAGAUAACCUUGUGGGAAACAUGGUUGACAUCCUCAUGGGAGCGGCCACCAGCGGCACCUUUUAUCUUCAUUAUCACCUGCUCAACUUAGCCAGCCAUGCGGAUACACUACAGGCUGAGCUGCAACGAGAGAUUGACAGUGUGGUUGGUAGCGAUCGCUUACCAAGUUGGGAAGACCAUACAUCGAUGCCCCUAACCAUGGCCACUAUCUGGGAGAUGUUCCGCUGGAAACUUGCCACACCGUUCAACGUACCACGCGCAGUGGGAGAAGACACGAGGAUGGGUGACUACGACGUUAGAAAAGGCACUGUGGUAUCCCCAAAUUUGAUGACAGCCCACAGAGACCAUAAAUUAUGGAAGAAUCCAGAUGAGUUUGACCCUACCCGAUUCUUGAAUCCAGGCGGCACAGCUACGACAAAGAGACCUGACGGUUUGCUUUCUUUUUCCGUAGGGAGACGAAUGUGUCCCGGAGAAAACAUGGCAAUGGUUGAGAUUUUCCUGUACCUGACCACCCUGCUGCAUCAGUUCCGCAUUCUUCACGAAGACGAAAAGCCAGUCAUCAUUACGCCCUUCGGUCCGUCUCCAGAACUGAGGGAAACGAAGCUACGCUUUCUUCAACGCAACCACUAGUGGUAACUACUGGACAGUAAAUGCACAACUACAGUUUUGUAUAUAUGCAUGUGCAGGUAUCUUGAGAGCGUUUCAUCCGUUGCGUAAGUGAUUUUGCCGAUUUCUAUGGACGACAUCAUGUUUCCUUCAAAAGAGAACCAAUAAAGAGAAAGCCAUGA